CCAGAAUAUAAAAACCAAUGUCGAACUCAUCGAUAGCAUAACAGUAUUCCCAGCUUUUGGCAAACCAGGACCUCCAACGCAAAAUGUUCAAGUAUCUGCUCGUUGCCGUUCUGGCUCCGGCCAUGGUUUUGGCCAGCGUUGAUAUCAUCCCUUGCAGCCCUGACGUGAACCGCCCUGCUGUUCUGGAAGUGGCCGGAUGCAGUGGCAGUGUCUGCAACUUGGUCCAGGGUCAGGCCAUCAACGCUGUAGCCCGAGGAAUCCCAAGCAACGGACCGGUCCCAGCAACCACUGAGCCUUACAUCAACCUCCUUAUUGGUGGACUGACUCAGAACUUCCCAGUCCCAGACCAUAUGACCAAUGCUUGCAACUUCAUUAGCCCACCGUGCGCUAGUGUUACCAAUACCUUCGACUAUAGCAUCAACAUCGAUCAGCUCCAGGCUUCCGGAACCGGAAUCCCAAUCCAGAUUGAAAUUGCCCUGCGCAAUGCCGGUACCGUUUUGGCCUGCGCUCGUUUCGCCGCUACUGUUAACUAAACAAUAAAAUGGGCUUUUAAGUUCAA